ACUAGUUUUAAUGUCGAACAAUAGCACUAUGGGGAAUCACCGCUUAGUUUUGUAAAACUAGUUUCGAUUUGUAUAACUCAGACUGUUAUUGUUUAUAUAAAUAGAAAAACUGUUAGUAGUGUCAUUGAUACGAACAGGACUGUGCUGUCUUGACACGUUUGCUGAAAUACCUUUCUAGUACAGUGUUCCAAAGAUACAUAGGCGUAUUAUGAACCUAGCAGAGGGAAGUCUGUACGAGUCGACUUCUGAAUAUCCAGCAUUCCACAAAUGGCAGAAGGGGCCACAGGAUAUACGGAGUCAGAGACUGAACGCGUUCAAAGACACCCCAGCCUGUACAAUCGUCACUCUCGGGAUUAUGCCAAAAGUGUGUCCUUGAAGAUCAGUACUGUAAUGACCCGUCUGUGGUGCGGUGAGGAGAUCAGACGGUGGCGAGUUGAGAAGUACAGGGAGUAUGAUAGGAUUUUGACUUCAGAACAAAGUGAUGUCACUAUACAAACAGCUGGCAGCAAAGCAGAGGGGCUUACCUGCUUUUUGGAAAGCGACCGGGACAUGUUUUAUGUGCUGAAGGGUGUCCUCUGUGUGGAAGCUGGUAUCAAUCCUCACACCAUUCCGAACGAUAUAGACGUGUUUAAGAUGGAUACACGCGUUUAUCCAGGGCACUGCAGACUGUUACAAGAGAGACCAUCGCAUACACGUAGGAUUGUAAUUCACCAUGCUCUGUGUGAAAAUGGAUACGGAGACGUUCUAUUAAGAAGUAGUUUAUUGCUAGAUGCAUUAUUGACACUUCAACCAACAAAUUUAUCAGUGGUGCUUCAUGAACAAGCGGGGCCGUCAAGACCGGGAACAUUUAAAGGUAUACUAAAUGUGGACAAAGUAACCUCACUACGCUGUCACUGCCCGAGAAUCCUCCAAAGAUGGGCUGCCAGACCUCGUCAUUGGCCGCCAUUACUAAUUGUUCAGAAAGUCGUCUUGUUAGGAGCCUAUGUAACCCCGGUAGGCUUUAAGGGAAGUAAAAACAAGCAUAUGGAAUGGAGGAUUUGCUUUAACACCGGUGAGGCAGAACUCGUAAACAACCUAAAUGACACACAAGCAAAAGUCUAUGUUAUUCUUAAAAUGAUCCUCAAAGAUAAACUUAAACCAAAUUAUAAAGAAAUAACGUCUUACGUGUUGAAAAAUAUCAUAUUGUGGCAAGCUAAAAACACUCCGCAGACAGAGUUUCAUGCACGUAGCCUGCUUUACUGGCUGCAUGACGGACUAAGAGAGCUUCGGACUGUUAUUGAGAAAAAACAACUUUUAUAUGAUUCCAGAGAGAAAUUUAAUGGAAGCCUGUGGUAUGAAGGAUGUAUUACAGCAUAAAUGGAUAGCAGAUAUAACGGACAUGAUGGAGGAAGGUCCAAAUGUGAUACUGAGAUUGCCUAAGAUAAGAAAGGCCAUCGUCGCGUCCCCCGAGCCGAUGGUGUGGUACAGCAAGAAAAAGAUGGAGCUUGAGUUGUUGUAUCUAGAGUGGGUGAACCGAGUGACGCAGUGUACUGAUGAGAAUCAGAAGGUGGAUGACUCGGAUUUCAUCAUUCAAGCGAUAGCCAUGCGCAAUAUAGAGAUACUGAUAGAGAUGAGCCAACGAAUGCGUCAUGAAGGGAUUGAUAUAAAUGAUCUGUCAUCUAUUUUAGAACGUAUAUUUAUGUAAUACUGAAAUGUAAAUACUUAAAUUACAUGUGUGUUGGUAGUCACAUACUUGCUUCAAUGCCAUAAAGGGGCAUAUCGACGUUUUAAACGGUAUUAUGUUUUUUAAAAUGUAUUAUUUUUAUGCCGAAUUCAUUAAAUGGAUUGUAAACUAAUAGUUCUUAAAGUUUUGAACGCUCAUUUAAGUUUUCAUUUCAGUAGUGGUUUUUCUUAUUCGGUUCGUUGAUGUUCUUUAAAUCAUGGACACGACCGCUACAUAGGUACCAUAAUUACUUUAUCAGUAAUUGUUUUAGCCACACCGUAUCUUUACAUGUACAUACGCAUUGUUUUCAUACUAGAAAUGAGCAUCUACAUGUGAUUUUGCACAUCAUGCAAAUAUUGCAAAACAAGAUAAGAUACAUGUAGCUGUAUGUGUGUAACCGUUUCUAAUCUUAUUCGCUAAUAAAGGCUGUAUUGUUGGAUUGGCUACAGCUUCAUGGAAAGUAUCUACAUUAAGAAUGCUGCAAUGACAAUAUUGGCCAAAACUUGUCAAGUUUCAUCCAUCAAAACCAAAGAAUGUCAUUGAUGAAAUACUUUGUAACAAGCACUUGGUUGGACUGUACUUGAUAUUGUCCAAUGAAUAAAUGUAUAAAAUGUGUUAAAACAUUCUGUAAGUCUGGAUAUGCGAGAUAUAUUCAUUCAGAUGGGCAAGUUCAAUUUUAAUUAAAUUAACAUGCUAAAAUGUCAAUACAUUUAUCAUAAAUAGUUUAUAUAAAGCAAUAAUUGAUCCAAUACACAUUGACAAAGUUGAAAAUAUACCGCUGGUGGAUUCAAACUUACAUUGAAAUUUCCUAGCCAUGAUAGCAAUUGUUUACCUUUAUGUGUUACCUUAAAGUAAGUUAAAUACUCAAAAUUAACGCAUAUUUCGCAAAAUAUUUCGUAAAAUAAAAUUAGCCUAGACAAAAUCAGUGUUCCUUAUAGCCUAAGCCAAAAUUUCAACGCUAUAUGUGGUAUAGGAGCAUAGAUUUAAAGAGAUACAAAAUAAUGCUCGUUUUUAUUUGUUGUGGCAUAAUACAUUUCGUUUCAAUUUAUCACAACAAUAUCAAUUCAUACGAAACACCAACACUAACUUGGUACAUGAACAAUGUGUUGAAUAUAUUGUCCUGCAAAAAACAAAAAAGAACAUUUGGUAUCUUGUUAAAUCUAUGUUACCAGACCACAUUUAGCGUAGAAAUUUUGGCUAUAUAUAUAUUUGGCUUAUAUACUACAUUUAUUGUGUAUGUGGUAACAUUAUUUUCGAAAUAUUGUAGGAAAUAACCCUUGAUUUUGAGGGUGAAUGGGCUUUUAACAUUAACAAUUUAUUUGAAUAUUUUUUACCACGUGUAGCAAUAUUAUUUAACGAUUUUUUUCUUUCUUUGAACCAUGGCAUUUAUUAUAGACUUUCUGAAAACAUAUGCUUGCUGCCAUAUGCCAUUAACAAAUAACUCUUAUGGCUCUUAUAAGUAUGUGUUUGUAUUCCAGAUAGACCCUUUAUUCUGGCAUACGUAUUUUCAUCAAUAACUUGUAAACCAGCAGAAUAGAAAGUAUGCGAGUUGGUUAACUGACCACCGCGAUGUCAAUGAAAUACUGUCGCAAACGACGAAAACUGUACAAUCCAAGCAACCAAAUUUGUAAAACGAAUGCUUAACCAUUACGAACAUCAUCAUUUGAACAAAUAAAAAACGCGAUGAUAGUUAGGUAAAAAGUGUAUAUUUAUGUAUAUUAUGUACAUAAUUGAUUAAAAAAACGUAUUGUUUGCAUUACUUGGUUAAAUAUGUCACAUUGUCUUUCAUAAAUGUUUAUGUUAUAAUAUUAUAAUAUUAGCAUGUAUGAUGCCUGCCUGUCAUUUUAUAUCGGUAUUUUUUUAUUAAUCUGCAAUAUUUGUUAAAGUCAUUGAACAAAUAUCUAUAUUAUGAAAAUGUUGUCCAAUUAAGAAGUAAAUGCUAUUAUUUA